UGGCCCGCAGGAUCCCCGGGUUCCGGGAGCUCCAAGCGGCAGAAAGGUUGAGACGCUCUCAAGCACUGGAAGACCUCCGCCCGAGCGCACCUCACUGGGGUCUGCAGGGGGGAGGAACUGGCCCAGGCCCCGCCCCCGCCCCUCCGCCGCUCCGCCAGGUGCGCGUGCGCCGCAGUCCCGCCCUCGCCGCGCCCCUCCCGUCCCUCCUCCAGGUGCGCGUGCGCCGCGGCCCCGCCUGCCGCCCGGACUCUCUUUUCCCGGGCUCGGCCGCCGGCGGCCGCUUCUCCGCUCUCCUCAGAGCCCUUGUACGCGCGCUCCCUCCGGCCCUCCGGGAGUCGCCCGGCGGCAGGGGCCAUGGCGUGGCGGCGGCGGCGGCUCCAGGCCCGCGGUGCGUUGGCGCUGCUAGCGCUGGCCCUGUGCGCCCCCGGCGCCCGGGGCCGGGCACUCGAGUGGUUCUCGGCGGUGGUGAGCACCGAAUACGUGGACCCGCAGACCAACCGGACCGUGCGGAGCGUCUCGGAAAGCGGCCGCUUCGGCGACAGCUCGCCUAAGGAGGGCGUGCACGGCCUGGUGGGCGUCCCGCGCGCGGAAGACCGCGACCCCGAGGGCUGCGAGCCCUACACGCGCUUCCUCGUGCCUGGCGUUCAAGGGGCCGCGCCUUGGGUCGCGCUGGUGGCGCGCGGGGGCUGCACCUUCAAGGACAAGGUCUUGGCAGCGGCUCGAAGAAACGCCUCGGCGGUGGUCCUGUACAACGAGGAGCACUACGGGAACUUCACUUCGCCCAUGUCCCACGCGGGAACUGGAGAUACAGUGGUCAUUAUGGUUAGCUACCCAAAAGGAAGAGAAAUUUUGGAGCUGGUGCAAAAAGACAUUCCAGUCAAAAUGACCAUAGGGGUUGGCACCCGCCACGUCCAGGAGUUCCUCAGUGGUCAGUCUGUGGUGUUUGUGGCCAUCGCCUUCAUCACCAUGAUGAUCAUCUCCUUAGCCUGGCUAAUCUUUUACUAUAUCCAGCGCUUCCUGUAUACGGGCUCUCAGUUUGGAAGUCAGAGCCACAGAAAAGAAACAAAGAAAGUUAUUGGCCAGCUUCCUCUUCAUACUGUAAAGCAUGGAGAAAAGGGAAUUGAUGUCGAUGCUGAAAAUUGUGCAGUGUGUAUUGAAAAUUUUAAAGUAAAGGAUGUUAUCAGAAUUUUGCCUUGCAAGCAUAUUUUUCAUAGAAUAUGCAUUGACCCAUGGCUUUUGGAUCACCGCACGUGUCCAAUGUGUAAACUUGAUGUCAUCAAAGCCCUGGGAUAUUGGGGGGAGCUCGAAGAUGGGCAGGAGGUGCUCGCCCCGGAACCUGCCCCCGGGGGCGUUUUGGCUGCAGACCUGAGUCUUUCAUUACCGGAUGGUGACAGAAGUGACAACUCGGUGUCAUCCUCCACCAGCGACAUUGUGCCACAGUGUGACGGCAGUUUCAAAGAGGACACAGGCGAAAACACAGCCUUACUGGAAACAGGCAGGAGCGAGCCUCAGCACGGAGGACCAGUCUCCUAGCGAACGCCCCGCAGACGGUGUCACGGACAGAGCUUGGGCUGGAAUUAAAGGACAUUUUAUUUUGUUUACUUUAGCAGAGUUUGUAAAUGUGAAAAUAAUGUACAUUCUUUUACCUUUUAGGUUCUGAAACAUACAGGGGGCUAAGAGAGUUUACUCUUAAAGAGACUUUUUGAUUAGUCUUCAUAUAUUUAUCUACUAAAAUAUAUCAUUUAGGAUAAACAACAUUGUUUCAGGCUAUUGUAGAGGGGCAGCUGGGGGCAGCCUUCCAAUGUGUAGGACAGCUGGUCUUUCUAAGUCCUAGGCUGGCUACCUCGUUGCUUUAAAAAUAAGGUGAAUUCUAUUUUCUCACGGAUGGUUCUAGACUAAUAAGCACACUGAACUUAGACUAGUUGAAAUGGAGUUUUGUAAUUAUAUUCGGCAGUUGAUCACAUGAGUUUCCCUGGAGGAAAGACUUUUUAGAACAUUAAACUUGGAAAUAUGAGAGGAAUCUGUCACUUUCUCUGUAUUUCCAAACCUCGGAGUACUUUCAUUAUUGCUUUUUAUUUGGAAUUAUGAGAAAAGCACUGGUUGACUUUAGGAUUUGCAUUUCUCCCAUUUAUUGCGUACUUUCUCCUAACAGCCUUGAUGGGGAGGGGAAUUUGUCCAUGUUUUCUACAAUAAAAAAGCUAAGAUUCUGUAUUGCA